AUGUAUCCUCAUAUAGUUGACUGCAGAACUAAUUUAUCAUUCUCUUUACAGACAACCACCUCCCAGAACACAUAUUGUAUAAUAUGCUCCGAAUAUUUUAACUUUCCUGAGACUUGGGGUGGUGCUUCACAACUUUUGAAAGUCGGCUGUUCAAGACUUAAGUUUGCCGAGGAAGCUUGUAAUGGAAUUGUGGAUAAUGCAAAUUUGACUGAUUCUUAUCCCAAUAUGUAUCCACAUAUCAUUAAUUUGAAGAACCUCGUUUGUAAAAAGUACUGCCCAAAGGAUACUGUAACACCGUAA